AUGAGCAAUAUCAUUGAAGCUAUAAGCAUCCCAAAAAAAUUUUUUACUCUAUCUGGACACUGGCCAGGAGCAAAAACAACGAUUUUUCAGAGGAUAUUAUUCUGUCUGGAAAUAUUAUUCAGUCUCAGCUUGCUAGCAGAAUUAACAAAUCACUUCGAUGACUAUGAAAUCCUAUCUGAACACCUGUCUAUAACAAUAUCACCAACAUCCUACUUGAUUAAGUUAAUCAUUUUCAAAUUCAAGUCCGAUGCUGUACAACAUUUGAUUAGUUCAAUCAAACUGAAGGAAUUCAACAAUUGUCCGAAACAUUUGAGGGACAUCAUUGAAGAAACGGUCAAGUAUUCCAAAUUCCUUGGUCACGGCUAUCAGUUGCUCUGCUUCGUAACUGUUUUGCUUUACAGUUUGGUACCAGUGUUUACAAAGGCAGAUUUACCAGUAAAGUUUUCUUAUAACACAGGAAACUUCAAACCAGUAAUGUAUGCCUUUCAAGUAAUUGGCAUGGUCAGCACAGCAUCAAAUAAUUCUUCUAUGGAUAUAUUAGCGAUGAGUUUAAUGAGAAUAUGUGCUGCUCAGAUAGAAAUACUCAACAGAAAGAUAAUUGGCUUGAGCGAUGAAAAAUAUAGAUCAGAUCACAUCAAAACGAAACUUAAAGAAUGUGUGAAACAUCACAUGAAAAUAAUAAGGUACCACAAACUUUUGAACAAAGUAUUUUCCAUGAUAAUAUUAACGCAGUAUGCUACGAGUGCAGUUGUCAUUUGCAACCUUGGAUUUCAAUUAGUACAUGUUAAUCCUAAGAGUUUACAGUUCGUACGUAUGACAGUAUAUUUCAUUGCCAUGAUGAUUCAACUAGCUAUGUAUUGUUGGUUCGGAAAUGAAAUCAUAGCAAAGGUAAUGGCAGGUAUUUCAAGUUUUCUUUCACCAAUAAGUGAUGCUUGCUAUGAAUUCAAAUGGUUUGAAUCAGAUUUGGAGACAAGAAAGACAAUAAUUACCAUAAUGGAACGCAGUAAACAACCUUUAUUCCUCAAAGUCGAAAAAUUUUCAAUAUUGUCUUUACAAGCUUUCACAUCGGUGAUUAGAACUUCUUAUUCGUAUUUUACACUGAUGCAGACAAUGUAUCAAAAAAAUCAAAAUUAA